AGCCAAACACCAAAAAAGUUGCACUUGUCAGCUCAAUUCUAGCAAAACAUGUCUGAUUCGGAAAACAGUGAAGUCGGUGAGGCCAAGACCUUCACCCUGCAAACCGCUGCAUUCGAUGCCAGAUUCCCAAACCAAAACCAAACCAAGCACUGCUGGCAAAAUUACGUUGAUUUUUACAAGUGCGCCGGUGUAAGAGGAGCUGAUGAUUCGGCUUGCAAACAAUUUUAUCGUGCUUUCCACUCUUUAUGCCCAAACGAAUGGAUUGCUAAAUGGGACGAACAACGUGAAGGUGAUGCUUUCCCUCAUUCUUUGGACCCUUGAACGAAGCCUCGGAGGGAAAUCGUAUGAUCGAAUCGAAAUGUGCAAUAAACCUACCUAUUAG